AUGUACUACUUAGAUGAUCUGCGCAAACAAGGAGUAGAGUUCUCAUACUUCUCCUUAGACUGGCUGCCAAAAUUUCCUCCAGAUUUCAUGAAGAGGCCACGGGGGAAGAGAGCAAAGUUGGGAGAAUCUUCUGGAUCAAGACCUCCAGUACCUCUAGCUGGAUCCUCUAGUAAGUCUGUUCCUCUCCCUCCUUCCAUAAAAGUUAAACCUAUUUCUUCCUCAAUCCCUCAACCUUCGCCCAUAUACACUAACUCAGAAACUCCUCCCUCAACCACCAGACCAUCUAACCAACCCUCUCAAAAAUUCAACCUGGCCACCACAUCUCUACCUAUUUCAGAAGUAGAAAUUCCAAACGAAACAACCUCACCCUCCUCAUCUUCAUCUCCAAAAUCACCACCCUACUACACACUUUCAUCAGAUACUGAACUAUCUGACCCUCACUCCCCAACUCUGGCUUAG